GAUUUACAGGUGAAAGUCCCCGUACUUGGGAGAGUAUAGUUGAUAGCUGAAAUUUGGUCCAGGGUAAUUUAAUAAAUCAACUAAUCCUCUCAGACAUGGGCAUUUUUUUGCCCCUUGCUCUUUGCUUUUUGCCUCUCUUCGUUGAUGCAGUUCUCCAUUCCUACAUCAUCACCUACACCAAAGUACAGGGUAUUCCAGGCGUUGAGUUUACUGCUGUAACAGAAGUGGAUGAUCAGGAGGUUUGUUACUAUGACUGUAACAUUCAGAAGCUGUUUCCCAAGCAAGAGUGGAUGAAGAAAACUGAAUCUGAAGUCUUUGUGAAUGAAGUUGCUAAGAGAAAUAACCAAACGUGCACGCUCUUCACAAAAUAUACUGACUAUGUAAAGAAUACUUUCAGCCAAACUGGAGGUGUAUACAUUUAUCAGAGACGAUAUGGUUGUACCUGGGAUAAUGAAACCAAAUAUUCUAAUAAAUUGGAUGCAUUUGGAUAUAAUGGAGAGGAUUUCAUUACACUGGAAGAGAACAAAUACAUACCUUCAAAGCAAGCAAGGGACAAGUGGAAGGAAGACAUUGCAGAGGGUUUUCUAGAAAGAGAUUGUGUUUCAUGGCUGAAAGAUUUCUUGACUUUUGGAAAAAGCCAUGUUGAGAGAAUAGUUCCACCUGAAGUAUUUCUGAUCCAGAAAGACCCUUCCUCUCCAGUGGUGUGUCAAGCCACAGGUUUCUACCCAGCAAAUCUGACAAUUACCUGGACAAGAAAUAGUCGUGCUUACACUAAUACCGUGGACCCUGGAGAACUCCAGCUUAAUGAAGACGGAACUUUCCAAAUGAGCAGCACCUUAAGAGUGACUCCAGACGAGUGGAAAUGGAACAAGUAUUACUGUGAGGUGAACACACCUUACGGCAGUUGGAAACACAGGGAGAAAGCGGAUCUCAAAUGUAAUACUGAUUCUGCCACACUCAACUGGCAUGAAUGGGUCCCUUUUGGCCUUGGACUGCUUGGACUGCUUGGACUGCUUGGACUGCUUGUUGGGAUUGGUGUGAUGUGUGCAUUGGCAUAUUGCCUCUAUGGUAAAUGCAGGAAGUCCAGCAAAGGUCCAGUUCCCCAAGAGCACAAGUCCCUGCUAAACGUGUAACACUAAUGGAUAAACUCUUUGGGAAUCUACAAACAUUUUAAAAUUUUUGUUUGUACUUAUUAUGUUUAUGGGUAAAAGUUACACUGAGAUUUUUCAGACAACAACUUAUUGGCAUUUUCCUGGUUUAAUCUUUAUUUCCAAAUAUGUUUUUUAUGCAUAACGUUUUGUUGUUGCCUUUUGCAAUAUUUUAUGAACCUUUAAGUCAAACAUACAUUUUGUUUAUAAUGGUAUGUGGGUUAUACAUUUUGUUAUUCAUUUGUUCACUUAUAAUCAUUUGUCUUUUAAUCAUUUAAUUAUUAAAUGUAAUCAUAUAACAUUUAUUAUGCAUCAUAAAACCAUUUAUUCAUUUGUAUUACUCAUUAUUUUACUUUUCGCUUGCUCUUGUAGUGCUUGUGAAGCAGCAAUUUCCACUGCAUUCAUUUUGGCAUCAUAACUUUUGUUGAAUUUGUGCUUGUAUGCAGUCUGACACAGAGCAUUAAAAGCAGACCUAACCAAGAUUAC